UGUUAACACUUGUGUCAGCAAAAUGUUCAAGAAAUUCCUUUGUUUGUGUCUGUUAAUUGGCGUUUACGCCGUGUUCAACGAAUUGCCCAGCGCUAGUGCACAAUCACAGGAAGCUGAAGAUAAAGAGCCAGCUGCGACAGAGGAACCUUCAGAUGAAGAAGUUGAUGACGAGGAGCCUACUGAAGAAGAUUUAGAAGAAUACCUUCACUUAGAUGAAGAGCCAGCUGAAGCAGAGACUGAGUCAACGCCAUCAUCUGAAUAAUAGAGCUACUUAACGAACAAAGUAGUUAUGUGAAAAUUGGAUCUUGAAGUUUAUAAGUAGGGGAAUGAUGCUUUAUAUAUCUAAAAUAUGUAGAAUUUGACAGAGGAAUUUUUUUUUAUAAAUCUGAAAAGCUUGAGCUAAAUACAUGACAACAAUACCCGC